AUGGAACGGCAUAACACAGACUCGUUAGAAGAAGAAGAUAUUGGUCCACCUGAUGAUGAGGUUUAUCUAUACGGAUUUGGAAAAUGUGCCCCCAAAUGGUUACAAUGUUUUCAUACAGCAAAAUGGUUGCUGUUCUUUCUUGGCAUGUGUGCGUUUAUUCAGAGUUUUGUGGUAAACGCUAUAUUUCCGGUUGGGUUGUCGACGUUGGAGCGGCGAUUUCAUAUGUCAAGCACUCACACCGGGAUUAUCUCUUCUUGGUACGAUUUUGCUGUGCUGUUAGUCGUUUUCCCUGUAUGUCAUUGGGGUCAGGAAGGCCACAAAGGCCGAUGGAUCGGUCUUGGAGGACUAGUAAUGGCUGUCGGGUCAGCAAUUUGUGCCCUUCCUCACUGGAUCAUCGGUGUCUACCAGCCAACGGAACUCAAUGUUGAUGCGAAUCAGGAUUUCGGCCAGUGCCUCGCCAAUCGAACGGUCUCCGAACAAAACUGCCAAGAUCACAGCUUCUCCUCCUAUCUCAAUCCAUAUUUUUGGAUUUUCAUCUUGGGCCAAACAUUGCAUGGACUUGGGUCAACACCGCUAUUCUCGAUUGGGACGGCGUAUAUCGAUGAAAAUGUGUCGCAGAAGGCAUCACCAAUGUUCUUGGCUGUAAAUGCGGUGAUAACAUCGAUGGGACCUGCUAUCGGACUUUUUGCCGGCGGCUUCCUUCUGCGAAUCUAUGAUGAUUUCGAUCGCGUCGACAGCAUACCAUUGAAAGGAAACAUUGAUCCACGUUGGGUUGGCGCUUGGUGGAUUGGAUUUGUCUUCUCGGCCGUUUCAGCAUUUUUCGUGGCCCUCCCAAUUUUGGGAUUUGCUCGACAACUCCCAGAAGCUAAAAAGCAUAGAGCUAAGGAUGUCAAUCAGACCCACAAGAGCAACCUUGAAAAUGGGAAGGAAAAGAAAGGAAAGGCGUUGACAACUACCGUAUUUGGAAUUCUGCGAAAUCCUACAUUCAACGUGGUUAUUGUUCUCGGAAUCUUCGAGUCGAUUAUUAUUAACGGAUUUGCUGCAUUUAUGCCAAAGAUCCUGGAGACGUUGCUCGCCACGACGCCUACUUUCGGGGCAUAUCUAUCUUCUACAAUUAUUCUGGCAUGCGCGUGUGGUGUUCUUAUUGGUGGCGCCAUCGUCAGGAAAUUAAACCUACAGGUCAGCGGCAUGCUUAAGAUGGUAAUUGUGUGCCAGACGCUAGCUCUCGUUUUUGUUUUUGGUUUUAUCUUGUCAUGUCCUCAACGGCAUUUUGCGGGGAUAAGUGUGGAAUAUGAUGGAAACGAAAUGACAUACCGUGAGUAUGGCGAUAAAAUAGACAACACAUGCAAUGGGGACUGCCAGUGUCAGCGAAAGGAAUGGAAUCCGGUUUGCCAGACGGCUACAGGGUUGAUGUUUUAUAAUCCAUGCUUUGCGGGUUGUCAAACGAAGGAAGAAAGGGAGAUGGAUACUUUAUGGACAAAUUGUCGCUGUAACGCGGUGCAGAACGUCAGCUUGUUGACGAAUCGUGUCACAGAUACAGAAAUUAUAAUGUUGCGUGUUGUUCCGUUCGAUCAGCGGACCAUCGCCAUCGGUCUAAAUUGGACUUUCCUUCGGCUACUCGGUUUUAUCCCGGGCGGUAUUCUAUUUGGGGUGUUGAUCGACAAUUCAUGCAUUAAAUGGGGCGAAAACCCGUGUGGAGGAAAAACGAGUUGCCUUGUCUACGACCCGGUGAAGCUGGCUUGGACCAUUAUGGCGCUUUCCAUCAUCUGUAAGCUGGUGUGUAUUCUGGCCGCGGUUCUCGGCUAUAUGACAUAUCGGCCAAACGACUUAGACAACGGGAUGUCGGUACAAACGACAGACAGCCGAGGCCCGUUAAGCCUCGUGGUCAACGAUGAUCGGCCGGUGGAGGAGUUUGGGCUUCCGCUUGAGGUGGCCACCCAA